CCAGAUCUGAAAGAACUAUCUCCUGCCACGAACCAGGUCUGUAUCAGGACGGUGUCUGCACCUGAUGGUCUCAGUGAACACCCUCGGAGUAGCAACUGUCAGCCUGCAAAGAGCCACGACGUGAAGCUGUCAGUUGUCUCCAACCUGAAGAAUCUGAGGAAAAAAUUACAAAAGAAAAGCACUUCACAGCAUCAUUUGUAUGCAGAGAUUACUGUGGAGGCACAAGACAACACUGAGUACCAGGAGAUCUCAGGUGAGCAGAGUGUCGAUUGGACACAAUUUGGCUGCAAUCAAGCGGAAGAGUUACCUUACGAGUACCUGCCGCCUCCUCCCUUUGCCCCGGGCUACGACGCACAAGUGCACCCUUAUAUGUAGUUUAUGAAUGUGGAUUACUUGAAAGUGAAUUAAUGAAUUGUGAAAUGAAUUAAUAGUGAAACAAGCAAAUAAAUUACAAGAGUUGACUCAUGACUAAUAACAAAAUAAUUGAAGGAACAAUCAGUAAAAAUCAACUGACUGACUAAAUGAUAAGAUGGUUUUGAUUCCUGUCACCCACUAACAGUUGACAACCUUCAUUUUGUCCAGUGGAUUAAAAUCAGUGGUGCUUCGACAGACUUCAGGGGCCCCAGGCUAAAGAGAAUCAGGGACAAAUGUUGCUGCAGAUAACAUAAAUCAGCUCAGUUGAGGGCCUCAUGCAGACUAUUGCCUACUUUGCCAACACCGCUGUGACACCCUUGCUCUACAUGAGUAGAUAGAAUAAAUGAAAGAGAUGAACCUGCUGUCCAUAUGUGGCAGUAUUUGGUAUCAGUGUAUCGUCUUUUCUUUUCUUGCUACAUAAGAAGAAAUAAUGUAAUUUAAUCAGCAAGUAUAGAAAUGCAACAGUUUUUGCUCGUAUUUGAUGAAUUGAAGUAAAUGACAUAUAUGUAUAAAAAUAUCACAAAUGAGUUAACAUCUGUUAUAGUGAGCACUACACCUUUAGUGCAGUAAUCCAUCCACAUGGCAGGUGAGACAUAAGGAGAUGCUAAUUAUAAAGAAUUGCACAGGUGUGCCUCAGACUGGUCACAAUAAAAAGCUGCUCUAUAAUGUGUAGUUUUCCUUGAAGAAGCACUUUUAUUAGGCACUGAGCUCCAGGUUCACAUGUAGGUCAUUUUUGAGAAGGGACAGUGAAACUGUCAGUAAUACUUUCCUUUCACAAAGGAUUUUGACUGUGGCCUGUGGAACUUUGGUCCACUCCUCCUCCUCCAACGAUGUUGAUGUGUACGAUGCUCCAUAUCUUGAUACGUACCUGCCCAGUGGAUGGAUUAUCUUGUAUCUUUUAUUUGUUGCAUGAAUAUUUUGUUAAGUGGACUGUAUAUCGGUCUCUAGAUGAGACUAAUUUGCUGACUACUUUGCUGGUUCUAGGCCUUUUAAUUCAGGCCAGAUGUUGUGAAUGUGUCUUUUGUAAUAAGCAGGCUGAAAGAGGAAGUCUGGUGUUAUGUAAAUCAGGAAAUGAGUCUUUUAAUAGCAGAUACUUUGAAUACAAGAACUUUACAUGGCAGGACCUGAUGCAGAUCAGUUAUCAACAGCAGCAACAAAUUGAGAUUAAGAAACUACGACAGGGAGAUCAUCUGAUCCUGGGCUUCAGCAUCGGAGGAGGGAUAGACCAGGAUCCUGGUCAGAAUCCUUUCUCUGAGGACAAGACUGACAAAGGUAUCUAUGUGACCAGGAUAACACCGGGAGGACCAGCAGAGGCGGCAAACUUGAUGAUGGGAGACAAAAUAUUGCAGGUGAACGGCUGGGAUAUGACCAUGGUGCCCCAUGACAAGGCUCGUAAAAGACUAACAAAUAAAAAGGAGGAUGUGGUACGACUACUGGUAACCAGAAAGACACUGGAGGAAGCUGUCAAGCAUUCCAUGGGUUACCCCAACCAAUGCCACUGAGACACUACACUUCCAAAGCAAUCGCCAACGACUGAACACACUCUGAUUAUCUGAUUAUCCCACAAAUCCAGAUGAUGUUUGCACCAACUACCACACCACAGACACCAGACAGGGUUUAGAUGACAUAUUCAGAUGCCUGAAGCUGCACAAGUCAGUGUUUGACAACCAUCACAUCAUCAAUUUCCUUUUGAGUUUUUUUUACAUUUAGCAUAUCCAUAUGUAACUUUCUGAAUCAUAUACAGAGAAUAAUCUCUGAAUAAUAAUACAGAGAUUUAUAGCAAGUCAGUAAAUCCACCUCUGCUGUCCAGUUAAUUGUAAGCAGAAAAAUAACAACACUUGCUGAGGUUUUUGUAUUGUGUGCACUCAAAGUUAAUGCCACAGACAAUUCCUGUGAUUCCUGUUUGUUUGAAAAACCGCAAACUCAUCUUUUCCUCCUACAUUUUACCUAAUAUAGCUUUAAUCAAGAACAUUCAUUGCUGUUAAGCAUUUUAUUCAAUUUAAAUCAAAUGCAAAAUACCUCAAAACAAAAAAGCCUCAAAACACUCAAGUAUGUGAUUAAAAUAUGAAAAGAAUGUUUAUCCUCAUGUUUGUUUUUCCAUUUUUACAAAAGAGGAAAUUGUCUACUUUUUUGGCCCAAUUUCCUCUAUGAUGUUAAAAGUGAUUGAACAGUUUCCUUUUAGUCCUAGUUAGUUUCCUUUAGUCCUUUAGUUAGUUUCUCAAUUAGUCCUCUAGAACUCUGUCUUUCGCUCAGUUUUUCUUUCAGCUACCGGGUUGUAAUUGUUUUUGCAAAACAAUUACAACACGAUUUAUAGCACAAAGGAGCGGUGUUAAAUGUCAAAUCUUGGUUGGGUAAAACAUGUACGACACUUCAAUAACUCAGCAGCCUUUAUCUUCUGUAGUAAGUAUCCCUGAUGCAAAAAAAGACUAGAACGUGCAUAUGAAUUGGUUGUUUUUCAAGCAGUUGUGCUUGUUAUGGCACAUAUAUCACCAUGUCUAUGGAAACGUUCCAGCGUCUUUAUGACAUUAACCACAAUACAAUUCCACCUUGAUCUGCAAGUGACACAAAAGUUGUCCGUUUUCUCUUUAAUGGUUUUGGGGGCUGGGGAAACCCUUUAAAUCAUGUGUUAAUGCGUUAAUUAUGUGUAAAUCCUGUUAUUGACACAUAUUCCUUUUCUCUUUCGAUUGUUGGUGAUGUCUGCUACAUGUAAGGGAACAUCUGAAUCUGCUAAAAUAGCAAUACUUUAAAAUGCACCAUAUUUGUGGGAACGUUUAAAGAUGCUUUGAAAUGUAUUUCUUGUGAGUGACCACAGUAACACCAAACUCUGCAGGAGAGAAUGUGACUUGAUGCACACCUGCCUUACUCUCGUACCUAUUCCUAUUCCUAUUUGUCUUCAUAUUCCUUUUAACAGUUUUUUUGUGUGUGUUUUAGUGUAAAUGAUGCUUUUCCUCUGGUACAGUACAUACUACAUCAUGAUGCAAAUGAGGGAUUUAGUAAUAAUCCAAACACUGUUUUGGCUCUAAAUAUGUGGUCAUGUCUUUAUGUUUCAUAAAACAAGUUCAUCUUUACAUGUUUUGAACAACUGAUAAUGAAAGUGGUAAGGUAUGCAUACUGUAUUAAGUAUUUUCGAGGGGACUAAAAGCAAUAAUAUAAGAGCUGCACUUAAAGAGGGGCUGUAUUCCUAUUUGCAUGUAUGGGUUCCCAUUCCCCAGGUUCACAAUUUCACUACAGUGGUACAUUAAGUGAGUGUAAUGUAAGAUGAAUCACUCGCAGUGUUUUCUAUUUGAAUAAUGUCUGUCCACCUCCAGAUUUAUUAUGUGCAAACUGUCAGUAGAGCUCAAAUAUUCAGCAUUUAACUGUUAACAGUUACUCCGUGAAUGUGUUUCAUAUAUAAAGAGACUGAAAACUAAA